GUAACUUCUGACGUCAACACGUACAAAGUUACCCUCCGCUGAAGUGAACCAUGCCGCCAGUCACGACGUAUCCCUAUUCAUGAUCACUCAUGAAUCACCACGAACUGAGACCAAUUUCCGCUCUUUCCAGAAACACAAAUACCAACUUGGCAGCUUCGUUCUAACCCCUGCAGGCCGCCACUCUGCAAGGACUGAGCUCUGUCGUCUCUGACUCUAAAAUCACGUUGCUAGCUGAGAUUCGCGAUCUGUUUUUGAUAGAAUCAUUCAUGGCGACGUUGAAGGAAAACCUGCGGUUGUGGGAUGAAGGUGUGGCCGCCUGCGAUCGUGGGGAGUUCCGUACGGCGCUGGAGAAGUUCACGGGGAUCCAGGAUCCGUCCGCCAAAAUUCUCUUCAACAUCGGGACGGUUCAGAUGGCGCUGGGACAAGUUCAGCCUGCCGCGAAGUCUUUCAGCUCCACCCUGGAGAAAGAUGAACACCUGUCUGUGGCUUACUUCCAGCGGGGCCUGGCAAACUUUAAGUGUGGCAGGGACCAAGAAGGGCUGCAGGAUUUUCAGGAGUCGUACCAGCGUCUUCGGAGGAACGCACUCAUCGACUACAAACAGCUGGGGCUGCGCUACAAACUGUGCGCCUGCGAGGUCCUGUACAACACAGCCCUGGUACACUUUAAGCUGGGACAGACAGCCCAGUGCAGGGAGAUGCUGUUGGAAGCUCAGAAGAUCAAGAUUGAGCCUCGACACAACGUGAUUGACAGGGCCCUGGAGUCUCUGGAUCGUCAUCAGACGUUCCAGCCCAUAGAGAUGCCGUCCAACGUGCUGUUCAGGCCGGCCACCUCCAUCAUACAGAACCUGGAAAAGAAGGACUACCUGGGAAAGGCAAAGGUGGUUUCCUCCAUCACAGACAGAGAUGACUUCUCAGGGUUUGAGCCCCUGAGGAGACCGAAAGAAUCCCAGACAAAAUCAUUGGAUGCUGCUCUAAGACUGGAAGGGACCCCCCACAAAGUGGUGCGUGACCACAUACCGAACUCUGCAGAGGAGCUGGAGGUGCAUGUUGGGAACAUGGUGUUUGUAGCUGCACAGGAAGAAGGCUGGUGCAGUGUGUCGUUCAACAACAAGAUCGGGCUGGUGCCAGCUGUCUGUCUGGAGGAGAUGGAAGACAAGAGAGGGAAGGGGGAAGAAGGCAGGAUAAGAGACAGUAAGGUGCCGGAGCCCCCCCGGAGUAAACCCCCCCAGCCGCCCGUCCGCCCCGACCCCCCUGCCAGGCUACCCCCUCUGCUCAUGCCCCCUAAGAAGGCGCUGCCGACACCCCCUGACGAGGAUGCAGCUUUCCUACCCCCCUCUGCACCUCCGAAAAGGGCACCUCCACCUCUGCUCAGGGGGGUUUGA